AUGUAAACAACACUGGUCCAGAAGCACUUCCUGUUUCAGUUUUUAUCACAACAUAAAAGCUGAGAUAAAAUUCAUCCAACAGAACAUUUAAAACUGAAUCAAAAAGUUAAACAAACAUCUUUAAGAUGUUUUCUUUACAUGUGAAAUAAAGAAAACAGUUACAAACUGAAACAGGAAGUGUUUCUGGACCAGUGUUGUUUACAUCUUGCAAAACGCGCCAAUAUCAGUGCAGUUAUAGCUUUGCUCGUCUCGGGUUAAAGUCCACAAAAGAAGCAACAUUUCGAGGUUUUGUACGAAACAUGCAAAAAGCCAAAGUUAGAAAAGUCAGCACAGAUCCCCUCACUUCUAAGUUACCCAAAGAGCGAAAAGAACAGCUCUGUGCUUCACUAGGGAAUGUUGACCUGACUCUUCUCUACAAAGCUUCUGUUCAUGGAUAUACUGCUUCUGCCUUCCAUCAGCGAUGUGACCGUCAGGGUCCCACAGUACUUGUAGCCUAUAACAGUUCAGGCUACAUCUUUGGUGGAUACACUAGUGUAGAGUAUGCUCAAAGUGGACAGCAGAUUACAGAUGGGGAAGCUUUCCUGUUCAGCUUUCAAGGUGGAGCCUGUAGCUACAUCAAAGUUAACAGUGGACAGUAUGCACGUUAUGAUGAUGCUAAAGGGCCCUGCUUCGGCCAACAGUUGUACUUUUGCUACAACAACCAAUCAGUUGUUUAUCAUCAAGGAGGGAAUGCAUUCAACAUUAAUACCUCAUCAAUGUAUGGGAAUGACACUCAACUGAGUGAAUGUGAGGUGUACAAAGUGGAACAGGAGCCUGAGGUCAGCGUUGAGGAGAAACCAUGGAGGAAUGUUCUAUGGACAACUGAACGAAGAGACGAGCUCAUGGGACUGAUCAAGAAUUAUAAACCCCUGAUGAAGUCUGUGAGUCGGGUCAGAAUGCUAAUGAUCGGUCCUGUAGGUGCUGGAAAAUCCAGUUUCUUCAACUCAAUUAACUCAAUCUUCACUGGUCAUGUGACUAAUAAAGCCAUGUCAGGAUCUGCCGGCACUAGUCUGACCGUACAGUUUCGCACAUACCCAGUGAAUGACGGUCGUGAGGGAAAGCCGUUGCCAUUUGUGUUGUGUGACACCAUGGGACUCGAGGAGCAAUCAGGUGCAGGACUGGAUAUUGAUGACAUCAGCAGCAUUCUUCAAGGUCACGUACCAGAUCGCUAUAAAUUCAACCCCAUGGCACCAUUUCAACCGGAUGAGAAAAAGUCUUCCAGACCUGCAUCUCUGCAGGAGAAGAUCCACUGUGUGGUGUAUGUGAUCGACGCCACCAAAAUCUCCAUCAUGUCCAGCAAACUAGAGGAAAAACUCGCUGCCACACGCAGAAAAGUGAACACACUGGGCAUUCCGCAGAUCGUCUUGCUGACAAAAGUAGAUGAAGCAUGUCCUCUAGUGGAGGAAGAUCUUCAAAGCCUUUAUGUCAGUUCCUACAUCAAGACGAAGGUGCAGGAGGUGAGCUCUCGGUUGGGUGUGCCGGUGUCUUGUGUGUUACCGGUGAAGAACUACAGUCAGGAGCUGGAGCUGGAUCUCAACUGUGACGUCCUGCUUCUCACUGCGCUACAGCAGAUGCUUCGCCUUGCAGACGACUAUUUUGAUGAUAUACGUCCUGUGGAGGGUUGAAAAUGGCUAAAUUCAAAGCUCUGCGAAUCAUUUACAUAGCUUAAAGAAAGCUUUUUUGCAUUUAUGUGAAUCGUAUAGAUAAAUCUUUUUCGGGGGGGAUUUCAUUGAGCUAUGAAAUUUUGAUUUUUGGGCUAUUGUGACUUUUACACUCUGUAAAGUUUGACUAUUUUGUUGGCCUAUGUAUUUGGCAUUAUUGUCUACUAGAUAUGUUGAGACAAAAAAUGUAGUACAGAACUAGUUGAUUCAGUUAAAUAUAUCAUGAAUGUUUACUAAAGUAAACAAUAAAGUCAAAAUGCCUACCCACCUUAAUUUUAACAGAAAAACAUGUGCGAUUAGUCAAUAAAAUGUGAGAGGCA